CUAGAACCACUGCUCUCACUGCACUAAUAACUCCAUCAACAACAACAAAAAACAGAGGGACAGUGAUUUAGAAGAAUGCACAACACCAAUACACUGACAGAAGCAGGAAAGCAGAAAAUAUGGGGAGCAGAGACUGGGGGUAGACCUGCAGCAGAGGGUCAUGACCGGGACUCGAACCAGCAGCGGCCUCUGGAAUGUGGACCACAGCUUCUACACGAGGGGUGCCCUGGACAGAGAUAAAGCCGCUUGCUGCGCAUGCAAAACCCAAAGACUCCAGACUUCAAGACACUCCAACUCGCCCUGUAAGCACAAGCCUGAAGGGAAAAGAGUGGGGGAGAGAUACAGUUUCUGUGCAACAAUGGAAAUUCAAUCAGGAAAUGGAGAGGAGGUGGCGAGCGCAGUGUCGGCGACCUCGGGCUGCGUUUCCUGGAGUCCCUGUGGGUCGCAGGUAGAGGCAUCCGACGAUCCAGUGAUCAGAGAGGACCUGCAGGCUGCCAAGAGGAUUGAGAGGUUUGACAUCCCACUCGACAGCCUGAAGAGGAUGUUUGAGAAGCCUGCCGGGGCAAACACAGAAGCAACAACCGUCCACACCUCCCCGUCCAAAAGAGCGGCACAUCCGACCAUGGCCUCACCUGAAGACACAUCUCCCUCUGCAGGCAGUGCAGGCAGAUCCAGGUCAGGACGUCCCGAAGACCCGGAGGCCGAGCCGGUGUCGGUGAAAGAGCGGCUGGCGAUGUACCAGGCGGCCGUGUCCAAGAAGGAAACCAGCGGCUCCUCGGCUGCUGCGAUGAUGGAGGAGUCAGAGGCGUGUUCGCUGCCUGGCGGUCUGGCCAGCGUGAAGAGACAGUUUGAGAACCAGGAGUUCACCUCUUCGUCCUCCCAGUCCAGCAGCGUCACCCAGAUUCAUUAUGAGCAGAGAUCUGUUCAGGAAGUUUCAAGCUCCUCGGAGGUGACUGUGAGAAGCAGCGUUCGAGAAGUCUCCCCCGCUGCUGCCACCUUUCAGAAUCAACAAGAGGUGAUCCACGAUGAACGAGUCCAGCACAACAACGUGGCGGCGAGUUACGGGAGCGCUUACAACGAAACAGUUAUGCUCGUCGGAGGAGAGGACCUACCAAAGGUUUCCACCCAGGCUUUGAAGCAGCAGUAUGAAAAAACGAUCGAGGAAGCUACGCCAGCCAAGGAAAUUAAGGUUGAUGUGGAUUUCAGCCAGUUUCAAUGGACCCCAGUCCACCAGUCCUCUAAAGCCUCAGCCAUGACAAGCUAUGACAGAUCCUCUACAGUAAAGACCGCUGCUGCCUCGUCAUCAUCAGCGUCCGUCUCGUCAGCAGCGUACGAAGCGACAGACAUGUUCCCUCCACCGCCUGCGAACUUUCUGCAGGAAAUGCCUCCCCAGUCUCAGGAGCAGGCCUCCCAACAGAAGCACACAGUCAAUAAAGAGCAGUACUUCAAACACAAGAGCAUGGCUGAACUGAAGCGCCUCUACAAGCACAUUCACCCAGAAGUCCGCCAGAACAUUGAAGAGGAGAUUUUAAGUAAUCUCACGGAGGAUGAACGGAAGGACUUGGAACACGAGGAAGUGGUGGGUGAAGUCCAGCAGGCGUGCUAUAUGUUCGAAAAUGACGGCAACGCCUCGAGUCGGGGUUCAAGCCCUGAUAGAGAGUCUGUAGAAUGGGAUGAAAUUCUUAAAGGGGAAGUGGAGUCCAGGCGCUGGAUGUUCGAGAACAAGCCCCUGGAUCUGAUCAAAGAUGAAACAACAGACGAGAGCGAGGAGAGGAAUAUCGCCCAGCAGGAGAUCAUUGCUGGGAAAGAUGUCAGAUACACAGCUUGGAUGUUUGAGACUCAGCCAAUGGAUGCUCUCGGUACUGAGACGACUGAAUCAACUGAGGAGUCGCAGAAAUCCUCCGAUCUGGCGAGAGGAGACGUCCGCACCGCCACAUGGCUGUUUGAGACUCAGCCGCUGGAUUAUCUGAAUAAGAUCUACCAAGAAGACGAGCAGGAGAUGGAAGUCGUUGUCUCCAAAGACAUCACAGGCGGGGACGUGAAGACAGCAAGGUAUCUUUUCGAGACCCAGCAUCUGGAUUCUCUUGGCAAAACCGAAACCAUCGAGGAAAGCCACUUCCUGAACCUGAAGUCCGAGCUGGAGGAGAUUAAAGGGGAUGUGAAGACGACAACUCGCAGGUUUGAGACCCAGCCCAUGUGCGUCAUCAGGGGGGAUUCAGGAGAGAUGCUGGAGAUCACCACCAUCCGAAGAGAGGAGAUGGCCAAAGGAGACGUCAAGACAUCCCGCUGGAUGUUCGAAACUCAACCUCUGGAUAUGAUAAACAAAGACCCGGCACAGGUGAAGCUCAUCUGCGGUAUCUCCAUGGAGGACAACGUUCAGUGUGGAGUGAAUAAAGGAAGGUGGCUUUUUGAGACGAAGACUCUAGACACCAUCAAGGAUGAGGAAUGGGAGAGCACCAGGACGCAGAAGGAAGAAGUGAUUGGUGCAGAUGUGAGGAGCCAUUGUCUGGUUUUUGAGACUCAGCCGAUGGACACUUUGAAAGACAACACCAAUGCUAGACCUGUUCCUUCAGAGCAGAUCGUAGGAGGGGAUGUUCGGUCUGCGAAACACCGGUUUGAAACAGAACCCAUGGAGAACCUGAAGGAGCUGCUGGAGGUGGGAAAACUGAAGAAAACAGUUGCAUCAGAAGAGGAAAAGGGUGACGUCAGGCAUCAAAAGUGGGUCUUUGAAAGCCAGCCGCUGGAGAGUAUAAGGGAAGAAAAGAAGGAGAUCACAAAAACUGUGAAUGUUGAAGCUUUGGACUCAGUUGACGUGACAAAUUAUAAAGAGAAGUUUGAAAGUAUGGAUUUGAGUAAGUGCGAAGGGUCACAGAGAAUCCAAGUUGAAGGCGUCACAAGUGGAUCCGUGAAGUCCAACCGAGUCCUCUUUGAGUCCACUCCCAUGUAUGCUAUGCAAGACAGCUCAGGAAACUACCAUGAGGUGAAGACUGUGAGGCGCGAGGAGGUCGUGAAAGGAGACGUUCGCAGCUGCAGGUGGAUGUUCGAAACACGUCCUAUCGAUCAGUUUGACGAAAGCAUCGAGAAGUUUCAGCUCAUUAAAGGGAUAUCCAAGCAGGAGGUCGAGUCAGGGGACGUCAAAACAGCCAAGUGGUUGUUUGAAACUCAGCAGCUUGACGCCAUUAGAGCAAUCAAUAACAUCGAGGAGGAAGAAAGCACCACGAAGGAAGAUAUUGAAAUUCAAAAAGGUGACGUUAAGAAUUGUCGCUGGUUGUUUGAGACUCAGCCGAUGGAUGUCCUGUACGAAAAAGGAGAGAAGAGUGAAGAUGUCGAAGAAGUGCAGAAAGGCGACGUCAAAACGUGCACUUGGCUCUUUGAAACCCAAACCCUUGACAACAUACGCGACCACACAGAGUCCGAGUCUGAGACCAUUCUGAAAACAUGCACAGUGAAGCAAGAGGACGUCCAAGGGAAAGACGUGCGACUGGCGCGCUUCCUUUUUGAAACAGAGAACCUUGAAAACAUCACAGGUGAGGACAGCGGUUCCUUCAGGAGGGUCACGGAAAUCGACAUCCAAUCCGGGGAUGUUUCAAGGAUGAAGUACAUCUUUGAGAACCGCUCGUCAGACAUCAUGAGCUCCACCUCUGAGGAAAUGAUGCACAGGUUGAAGACGCAGCAAACUGAGGACAUCCAGAAGGGAAAUGUGGUGAACUGCACCUGGAAGUUUGAGAAUCAACCAAUUGAUGAGAUACGUGAAGAGGCGAGGGAGGUUCGCUCAGUGACGGACGUACAAGGUGGUGAUGUGGACAAGAGCCGCUUCAUUUUUGAGACGUACUCUCUGGAUAGAAUUAAAGAGGAGUCCACUGAGACGGACAUUUCUACAAUCACGAGCAUCUUUAGAGAUCAAGUAGAGAGAGGGGACGUGAAAAACUACACCAUGAUGUUUGAAACUCAACCGCUGUACGCCAUCCGUGACAAAGAGGGUCACUACCACGAAGUAACUACAGUUACCAAGGAAGAAAUAGUAAGAGGGGAUGUGGUGGGGGCCCGAUGGCUGUUCGAGACAAAGCCUCUUGAUUCAAUUAGAGAUUCAGAAGAGGUCUACGUCAUUAAAGCUGUGACUGAGGAAGGGAUCAAUAAAGGGGAUGUCAACUCGGCGAGGUGGAAGUUUGAAACACAACCUCUGGAUGAAAUCACAGAAGAAAUAAAAGUGAGGUCGAAGACAGUCGCAGACAUCCAAGGCGGCGAUGUGAAAACAAACAAGCAUCGAUUUGAGACGGAUGAAAUGUCUCAAAAGUACAUCAGAACUGUUAGCGUGAGUGAGAUCCAGAAAGGCGACGUCAGAUCUGCCACAUGGAUGUUUGAAACACGCACGAUUGAUGAGAUCCGUGGCGAAGGCGCCGAGUAUGACGGUAUGGAAAGGGUGACAAAGGAGGAAAUAAUGAAAGGGGAUGUCAAAGAGUCUGUGUGGCUGUUUGAGAAGCAGCCUCUCGACAGUAUCAAAGACACAGACGGUUCAGAGCUCAUUGUCACAAAGGAGGAAAUCCCACAGGCCGAUGUGAAAUCAACAACUUGGCUAUUUGAAUCCACUCCAUUCAACAAAUUCAACGAGAGCAGAACGGAGAGGACAGAAAUAAUCGGAAAGAGCAUCAAAGAGACACUUGAAGAGCUUUACUGUCAGAAAAUGGUGGAUUCACAAGGUAUACUCAUCGAGGCGGAUGAGAUCGGUGACGUCCGCAUGGCUAAGUACAAACUCAUGAGCCAGGACGCUCCAGAGAUCCAAAGGGAAGAGAUCAUCAGAGGGGAUCUGAACAACAUCAUGAUGAAUCUUCUCAAUCGCAGAGAGGCCACUGAGAGAGGGAUAACUAUCGAUGAGGAGGAGCGGGGGAACAUCAACACAACAGUGAAGCAGCUUCUCAAUCAGGAGAAGGGGGUUAAUGUCGAAAAAGAGGCGAUCAUCCGCGGUGACAUCCAAGAGGCGAUAAACAACCUGCUCAAGAACGAGGGCUCGUCCAAACGUGGUAUCCUGAUCCAGGAGGACGAGAAAGGUGACGUCAGAAUGACAAUCUACUCUCUGUUGAACAAAGAGGAGCGGGCUAGUUUGGAGAAAGAAGAUAUCAUUCAAGGUAACGUGAGCAGAACUCUUCAUCGGCUCCUGUCCAACUCUGGAGACGAGGACUCCAAAAGGAUAAAGGUCAAAGACACAGAAAGAGGCAACGUCAGCUUUUACUCCACAUGCAUUGAAUCCGGGGCCCUGGAUUAUCUGAAGCAGCUUCAGUUCGAGGUGGAUGAAACUCAGGAGACCGUGGAAAAGGAGCGAAUCAUUGGUGGUGAUGUCGAAGAGACCAAAAUAAUGCUGCGGAAGAAGCAGGAGAUUGGCCGCACAGUGGCGAAGGACGAUAUACUUCCUGGUGACGUGCAUCGCACUGUUGAAGUCUUCAUGAUGGAGCCUAAUGUUACUUAUAAAAACCUUGAGAAAAGGGACAUUGUGAAGGGUGACCUUAACGCAGCUCUGGAUUCUCUAACCCAAGCUAUCAACCAGAGAGUGGUAAUUGAGAAAGAGGAAGUGGUAAAGGGAGACAUACCCACCACUUUGAGGUCUCUGGAGGAGGCCCAGCAUCAAGCCAAAGAAAUGGAAAAGCCAGAAAUUGUCAGGGGAGACAUUAGAGGUGCUCUCGAGUCACUUGAGAAAUCCGCGACUACCACCACAGAAGUGACUGUUGAAGAUUUAGUGCCAGGUGAUAUCAAAGGGACCCUAAAAUCCCUGGAGGAGGCCAAGCAAGCUGUAAAAGAAGUCGAAAAGGAGGAGAUCGUCAAGGGAGACAUCCACACCGCCAUGCAAAGUUUACACGAGGCAUCGAGCGAGAAAAAGAAUUACCAGUAUCACGUCAGCGAGCAGGGGGAUGUUAGAGCGACUAUCCAGCUCUUGCUUGAGCCCACGACUUCUCCCAGAUUGCAGCGCAGGGGAAGCAUCGAAGGAGACGUGAGAACAUCAAUCAAAACUCUCUACGAAGGACAGGAGUCGUCACAAGUGGAGAAAGAGGAAGUUGUGAAAGGGGACGUUCAAGGGACGAUAAAGUGUCUAAUGCAACGGAAACAGUACUCUAAUACAAAACGCAUGUAUCCGUCGAAGAAGGCUAAAGCGCCCGUGAAAAAUCCAUUAACUGUAAAGCAGGCAGAGCAUGAAUGUCUGCAUGAAGCUAAGAGCGAGAGUGUGGCAGUCAAUCCUGCCCCCGCUGUGAAAAACCUCUCCAGGAGCAGUGAGUCACAGAAGCACACACAGAGGCACCAGGAAAGCAAAUCAGUGAAAACACAGGUAAUAACCCAAGAGGACCACUCUGUUACUGUAGCCAAAACAGACAAUGCCACUGGGGCCUCUCAGCAGCAGAAGAGCAUUAAGGAACAGAAGCAGAAAGCGCAGCCUCCUCAGAAAAUACAAGCCCCUAAGCCUGUUGUGAUGAAGAAUAAACAAAUGGCUAAUAAUGAUCAAAAGGAGACUAAAUCGGCUGAUGUGAAUGUGAUGAAAGAGGUGCAAAACACGUCCCAGACAAAUAUUUCAAACAAGCAAACAUGUGAAACAAAGACAAUCAAACAGGUGCACACUACAGUGACGGAGAAAACUGUCACGCAGAAGCAAAAUGUGACGUUAUCAGAGCAAAUGUCAACAUCCCAAAAGCAGACGGAGAAUAAGGCGCUCGCACAAAAGCAGAACAUCAAAAAUGUGAAAAGUGAUUACCGGAGCCUUGACAUGAAAGGGAAAGGUGGGAUCAAAAAGGCAAAGCCGGAGAUUCACUUCCCUCCUCCUCCUUCUUCGCCACCUCCGCCCUCAGAGUCGGAGCUCUCACUCCCGCCGCCACCAUCCCCAGUCCUGGAGAACCCAGCCUCUCCCACAUCCAGGCCUUCCAUCAUGAGGCAGGACAGUGACCUUCCACCUCCGCCUCCUCCACCUCCAAUGGAAUGCACGAAGACCGAGCCAGAUUUCUUCCCUCCUCCUCCACCUCCACCACCUCUGGCCUCUGCAAGCGGACAAGAUUUCCUCCCUCCGCCUCCUUCGCUGCAAGAGUUGAACGCCAUGCCUCAGCCUCCCCUUGCGAAGCCGGCGAAACCCAUGGGGAAGCCUCUAUUUAAAAUUCCCAAGCAACCAGAGGCGCCGAAGAAGCCCAUACAGGUCAAACCCAAAUGGCAGAAAAAGGAGCAGACUCCUCCACCCCCUCCACCUCCACCACCUCCUCCAUCUCAGGUCCCUGCUGAUCAAGAAAGAGCAGCAGCAGCAGAGCAUAAAGAAGAAGUCAAAGUUCAGGAAGUGAAAAGAGAAACAUCGCAACUGAUUGAAACAAGCAAACAGAUUCAGUCUGAAUCAAUGAUGUCAAGAACAAAGAUACCAAGCAUGCCAAAAGAAAGCCCACAGCCCCCUAAAAAAGUGUUCCUCCCUCCGAUUAAACUGCCUCCAACACCUGAACCCCCUGCCGCGCCAAAGCCUCGUCCUUUCGCUCGCAAGUUUAAAACCCCCCUCAUGCUUGCAGAGGAACGGUUCCGCCAACAACAGAUGGAGAGAGAAGAAAUUGAAAGGAGUAAAGUGACAACUCCCACUUCUCCACGGCCUUCCUCUGCUGCAAGUGUCGAGAUUUCUGUGCAGAAAACUGAGAAAGAAGUAGCAACAAAGGAGCAGACGGAAGAAUCAAAGACUGCUUCCAAAGAGGUAUUACUGGCACAAGACCCUCCUGCCAAGAAAACCCAGUCCCAGAUUCCUUUGAGCAAGCCUUCGAUUUCAGUGGUGAAUAAGAAAUCUGCCCAUGCAUCGUCCAAUGUUUCUUUAGAUAUGAAGCAAGCUGCAAGCGAAAUCUCCACGGACAAAAUGCAUGCCUCAGCUGAUGUCUUUAAAAAGGGUAAGACCCCUCCUAAGAACCAGAGUGUCUCUGUUUCUAAGUCUCACCAAGAGGUCGCAAAUAUUGACAGCAUGGUAUCCUCCAAAGUGGUUACUUCUUCAGUCACAGAGCAGCAACAGUUUAUCAAGAAAUCCAGCACCAGGUCUAUCACCACCACACAGAGUGCUGUCCAGGAUAGUCUUCAAAGCCAGGCGGCGGUCACAUUGAAAGCAGAAGAUGUAAAGAAUAUUAAUGUGCCUCUGACACAGGAGGGGAAAAUGAGUCCCUCUUUGCCCACUAAAAUUCCAAAAGUUACUCCAAGUUUCAAGGUGAAAACGUUUAAAAUGCCAGCUGAGAAGAAAGAGGAGAAGCCUGACACUGUUGGACAAAAGGAAGUAAUGAAAAGCGACGUGCAUUUACAGCAAGAGAAAAGCAGUGUGUCGCAGAAAUGUGAAACCAAAGUGAAGGAAAGCAAUCAAGUGACGUCAGCGAGAGCGGAGAUAAAAACAGAAAUAAAAGCCCAGGAGAGAAAAAGUCAGAUGACCCUCCCUUUGAAGGAGGUUGAAUUGGAGGUUAAUGUGAAAAAAGGGAAACAGAUGCACAAGAAUGAGGCUGAAGUAAAGCUGUCGCCAUCAGUUACUAUUUUAAUGCCUAAGGUGGCUAAGAUAACAUCUGCAGCAGCCCAUCAAGGACAAGGCCAUGUAUCUGUCUCCCACAGCCAGCAGAGCGUGAAGGCGGAGCACAUCCAAAGACACGAGGAGGUGGUUGUGACUGAGAAUGUGGCUCAGAAGCAGGAGGCGGCACACAUGCAGAAGCAGCAAAUGAAGGUGCAAGCAGUAGAAAUGAACAAAGCGCGCAUCAAAGCGGCGAAGUCGAAAGACGAGCUGAAGGACGCGUCUGUGAAAGAGGCUGGAAAAAUGGGCCGCCAAGAUGAGGCCAAAUCAGAGGAGAUCACGGAUUCAGUGAAAUGUAAUGUAAUGCAAAAUCUGCUCACUCAAAUCAAAGAGCUGGAGGGCACGCCAAGCAAAAUAGACUCCAAUGCUGUCGGGACCAUUAUAAGUGAAAUCCCUGACUGGCUGAUGGGCUCAGAUGAGAAAAAGAAUUUGGGUGUAAUCGCUAAACAGCAGAGUAAGAAGAAGUUGAAAGAGAUGAUGGUCUAUGUGAGGAAUGUUGUUCAAGCCAAGUAUGCUUUUUUUGAAGUGACCUUAACGACCGUGGGAAUGCAAGAAAAGGAAAAAGAAGAAGUGCAGACAGCACCGCCACCGCCACCACCGCCGCCAGUGCCUCCAAAGCCGGAGAAGAACGUCAUCAGCGGGGCGACCACAAAGAUUUCUAAGAUUAGCAUUGGCUCGUCCAGAACUGAGAAGAAAGUGGUGGAGGACAAGAAGAAAAAGUCACUCCAAGAAAGGAAAGUGCAGCAGGACUUGAGUGAUGAAGCUGAGCAGAGAGUUUCCUCCCCUUUGUCGAGCAUCAGGACCCCAUCGCCCACGUUCAUCAGCAUUGAGUCAAGAAGAGUUGAUUCGCCACUCAGAGUGACUCCUUCACCUCCGCCAUACAAAUCAGUCGGGACGCCCCCGCCUCCUCUUCGCAAGUCGUUCACGCCAACCUUCAGCCGCGCCACGCCAUCUCCCACCUUGAGCCGCUCAGAGAAACUCAUGAAGCUCCGUGAUACAACCUCAAAGCUCUCUCAGGGCACGACCCCUCCACCUCCGAUGCCGGUACCAGAGUUUUUUGUGGUUGAAAGAGAGCAGCCAUCCCCGUUCAGUGAUAGGGGGACUCCCAUUGAGAGGUAUGAGGAAGGACUGGUGGAUGUUACAGAAAUGGUCGACUCAAUGAUGACUGUCAGGGACAAGAAGUCCUUCUUUGAGGAGGCACAGAAGGCUGAGCUGAACAGGGCGUACAUCAGGAGGGAUCCCAUAGAUAUCCCUGAGCGUUUGGGCGCUGAGGCCGAGGAGGGCUCUGAGACUAUAACUAUAGACCUGUCGAAGCAGGAUCUACCUAGAGUGGACUUGUCUAAGCUCGUCAACAGAUUUGAAUCCCCACAACCGAAAGUCUACGCAAGAAAAGACCCCAUUGUCAUCACUGAGAGGCUUGGGAGUGACACGGAAGACGCCGAGGGUGAACCGCACACCCCAAGAACCGAAGAGAUGCCCACAUUGAACGUCAAAGCCAUAAAGGAUGUGUUCGAGACGGGAGAGCACAGUUCUCAGGCCGCCAGAGAGCUGAGGGAACAAAUCGAAAGAAGAGAAUCUGAAUCGGCCCCCUCCGAGCCGAUGGGUCACUCCCAUGCGUCCGAAGUCACCGAGCAAUUCUGCAGCAUCGAUGACUUUGGGAACAUGACAAGUAAGACGAGGAGUGAGGUCCAUUCUGGGAGCUCCCUGACCCGUGGUAACCCUCCAUCAUACGCCGACGUGGUGCGAGGCAAAGUCCCGACAGUUACCGUGCCCCCCGAGGCCUCCACUGAAGAACUGCUGAGGAACUUCCAGCAGUCGUGGGCUGAGAGUCAGGGAGUUUUCCAGAACCUGGGUUUCAGUGUCACUGAGCAGAGGACUUCACAGAUCAUAACGCAUCAGCAGGAGACUGUCGUGACGGAAAAUUCGAGUUCCAGAGUCCGAACUGUGCAGGGUGUGUCGGAAGAGGGUGUACCCCAUGGAAUCACUGAUAGCAGACAAACAAAACUUCCAUAAGAGCUGCUUCCGCUGUGAGCACUGCAGAGGCAAACUAAGUCUUGGCAACUACGCCUCUCUCCAUGGACGAAUGUACUGCAAGCCACACUACAAGCAACUGUUCAAGUCCAAAGGAAAUUACGACGAGGGAUUUGGAGAGAAACCACACAAAGAAC